AUGACUAGUAAUUUACAACCAAUUCCAAUCAUGAAUCAGAAUGCAUCUGAAGAAAGAGGUGAAAUUGCUCGUCUUUCAUCAUUUGUUGGAGCAAUUGCAUUGACAGAUUUGGUAAAGUCAACAUUGGGACCAAAGGGUAUGGACAAGAUCUUAAUGUCGAUGAGCAACCCAAAUGAAAUCACAGUUACCAAUGAUGGUGCUACCAUCCUCACAAAGAUAUAUAUUGAUAACCCAGCUGCAAAGAUUUUGGUCGAUAUCUCUAGAACUCAAGAUGAUGAAGUCGGUGAUGGCACAACCAGUGUUUGCGUACUCGCCGGUGAGUUGUUGAGAGAGGGUGAGAGAUUGAUUGCCCAAAAGGUACAUCCACAAACCAUCAUCGAAGGUUGGAGAUUAGCUUUGGAUGCUGCUCGUACAACUCUUUCACAAUCUGCUCAAGAUCAUUCUUCAGAUAAAGUAAAAUUCAGAGAAGAUUUAAUAAAUAUAGCAAAGACAACAUUGAGUUCAAAGAUUGUUCAUUCUGAAAAGGAACAUUUUUCAACCAUGGUAGUCGAUGCCGUCCUCAGACUUGGUAACAGUGCCAACAUCAAUUUGGACAAUAUUCACAUUAUCAAAAAGUCGGGAGGUUCGUUGCGCGACUCCUACUUGGACGAAGGAUUCAUUUUGGAGAAAAAGAUUGGUGUCGGAUGCCCCAAGCGUAUGGAGAACCCCAAGAUCCUCAUUGCCAACACGGCCAUGGACACUGACAAGAUCAAGAUUUUCGGAGGCAAGGUUGUCGUCGACAGCAUGGCCGAACUCGGCAAGUUGGAGGACGCCGAGAAGCAAAAGAUGCUCGAAAAGUGCAAAAAGAUUGUCGACCACGGCAUCAACUGCUUUAUCAACCGUCAGCUCAUCUACAACUUGCCCGAGCAGUACUUUGCCGAACACGGAGUCAUGUCGAUCGAACACGCCGAUUUCGAGGGUGUCGAACGUCUCGCCCUCGUCACUGGCGCCGAGAUUGUCUCGACCUUUGAUCACCCCGAGCUCGUCAAGAUCGGUACUUGCAAGCUCAUCGAAGAGGUGUUGAUUGGUGAAGACAAGGUCAUCAAGUUCUCUGGAUGUCCACAAAGCCAAGCCUGCACCAUCGUCUUGCGUGGUGCCACCACCCAUAUGCUCGAAGAAGCCGAGCGUUCCAUUCACGACGCCCUCUGCGUUCUCUCGGUCACUGUCCAAGAGACCCGUACCGUCCUCGGUGGUGGUGCAUCCGAGAUGUUGAUGGCCAAGGCUGUCGACGAGCUCGCUGCCAACACUGCCGGUAAAAAGGCACUCGCCAUUGAAGCCUUUGCCCGUGCCCUCCGUCAAAUCCCAACCAUCAUUGCCAACAAUGCCGGUUACGACAGUUCCGACCUCGUUGCUCAACUCAAGGCCGCCCAUCACAAGGGUCAAUCCCAAAUGGGUCUCAACAUGAAGGAUGGCUGCAUCGGAAACAGUCAAGAAAUGGGUAUCAUCGAAUCGUUCAAGGUCAAACAACAAGUUUUGGUAUCUGCCCACGAAGCUGCUGAAAUGAUUAUGAGAGUUGAUGACAUUUUACGUGCUGCUCCAAGAAAGAGACAACCAAUGCAAGGUCAUUAA